AUGCAUCUGCUGGAUCUUUGCUGCAAAGCCUCACUACUGCUGCUGUUUAUGCCAUGGGCUGGUGGUGAAAAUGAUGCGGAGCUGCAGUCCUUGCAGGAGCUCCUGGAGGCUUUGGAGCAGCUCCAGGAGGAGGAAGGGGCACCAGCCCUGGAAGAUGAGCUGGGUGCUGGGGCUGAAGCUGGUGGCUCUGAGUGGGAUCUCCAGGGGCUAGAAAGCAGCCCGGUGGGUGCCCUUCUGCCAGCUCUCAGCCCUCCCCAACCAGCGGAGGGACAGAGCCAUUGGAGGAGCCUCCUCUCCUCCUUCGGACGGAGGCAUUUCUCUGGCUGCUUUGGGACAAGGAUGGAGAGGAUCGGCGCGCAGUCGGGACUGGGAUGCAAUCACUACAAAGCCCGUUUCUGGAGAAGAAGGAGAAGCUGA